GAUAAAUCCAUAAGAUCAGACUGAAAAAACAGCUAUUUUUUUCUGUGUGAAACUAAGUAGUGGAAUACCUGUCAUGUUACUGGCACUGAGUAUUUUGCUGCUUGUAUUCCCAGCAUCUCUCUCUGCUCCUGCCAGAGAUCGUUGCACCAGAGGAAGAAACAAACUGCUUCUAAUCAGCUUUGAUGGGUUCAGGUGGGAUUACGACCGAGAUGUGGACACCCCAAACUUGGAUAAGAUGGCUGUGGAUGGAGUCAAAGCAGCAUAUGUCACUCCACCUUACCUGACCAUAACAAGUCCUUCACACUUCACCCUCCUGUCUGGAAGGUACAUUGAGAACCAUGGCGUAAUUCACAAUGUGUGGUUCAACACAACCACACGACAAAGGAAAGAGUACUACAUGACGCAGUUUGUGGAUGAAUAUUGGGAUAAUGGAACUCUACCCAUUUGGAUCACAGCUCAGAGACAGGGUCUUAAAACAGGGUCCUUACACUUCCCUGGAACUGCAGCGACUUAUCAGAAUGAAACCGUUCAAGAGAGGGAGGUAGAACCAAGAGCCUAUGACUAUACCAAUGAGACGGCAUGGAAGGAGAACGUAGACAAAGUCAUGAAAGACUGGUUUAAAGAACAAGACUUAGAUUUUGUAACUUUGUAUUUUGGUGACCCGGAUGAAAGCGGCCACAAACAUGGCCCUGAUUCACCUGAGCGUCGUGAGGCAGUUGAGAAAGUGGACCGAACUGUGGGCUACAUACGAGAAACUGCUGAGAAACUCGGGCUCAGUGACCAUAUGAACAUCAUCAUCACAGCUGACCAUGGAAUGAGCACAGUGUUCAAAGGAGACCAAGUCAAAGAAAUAGUCCUCACCGACAUCCCAGGAUUCUCUUACAAAGAUCUGCAGUUCCACUUGUUGGACUAUGGACCGACUGCGAUGCUGUUGCCCAAAGAAGGGCUGCUUGACAAAGUUUAUAAUGCCUUGAAAGAAGGCCAUCCAAACCUUCACAUUUAUAAGAAAGAAGACAUGCCUGCUCGACUGCAUUACUCUAAACACCCUCGCCUUCUUCCCAUCAUCCUCUAUGCAGACCCAGGAUAUGUCAUUAGUGGGUUUUAUCCACUUCAGAACAAUAAAGGAGAACAUGGCUAUGACAAUGAAGUCAUGGACAUGAAGCCUUUUUUCAGGGCAGUGGGACCAGAUUUUCACAAGAACUUGUUGGUUGGACCUUUCGAGACAGUCAACAUUUACCCUCUUAUGUGCCACUUGAUUGGGAUAAAACCAGAAAUCAACGAUGGGUCGCUGGAAAACACUCAACACAUGCUGAUAUCCAAUGGCGAGACGUGUGAUUCAGGAGAUGAUCCAAAGUCAAGUCUUCAAAAUGUGUUUAUUGGUCUUGCUGCUGUUGUUGGAUUUGUAUUUCUUGCAUUUGUGGUUGUCACAUCCUACAACGGAUAUAAAAAGCACAAACUGUAUUCAAAGGAAAUAGAGAAAGGAUAUGAAGAUGAGAUGCAAGGUGACUCCAAACAAACAUCAUUCUAAGUGGAUGGUUUUUUUUAAAGGUCAAAAUAUAUAUAUUAAAAAAACUGUUUUCACAACUGCAGAAUUUAUAAUAAACCUAUAAUAAUACUUCUGAAAAUUAUAUUUUCAUAUGAAGAAUGAUUUCACAAAUUUAUUUUUAUGAAAAUGUGCAAAUAAUAAACGGCAUUAUAAAUUGAAA